AUGACCAGUGGGUACAGCAAGUCAGCUCCUACCCAGGACGGCACCAAUCGCCUCCUCCAAUUGCCAGGCGAGAUACGCAACACGAUCUACGAAUACGCACUCACCGCCAACCAUCACGAGCUCUUCUAUCGCGAUUCGAUCGACUUCGACACCAUACCCCAGGCAGUGACCGAAGAGGUCAACAGUAUAGACGAUAUCUGGCACGCAACACCCCAAGAAUGUGUGGAUGCGUAUUACGAACAUGAGUCCGCGCAGGGCGUAAAGCUGUGUUCUACCGCAGAAUCUACAUCCGAGUUCAACCAGCUGAAGUACGUGUGCAAGCAACUCUACAAAGAGACCAAGCACUUGUCACUGUUAUACAACGAUAUCGUAUUCGCCCAAGACAACUUCGCUCCAAAGAUGAACGAGUGGAUGUCGGAGGCCUCAUCGUGA